UCAGACAAAAUGUCAUCAGACUUUGUGCUGAUGGGAACUUAGAGCUUCCUUCUGAUUCCUUUGUUGCGACAAAAUAGUUACGAUCACAACUAACUUCCUUUUCUCAGUGAUCUGCAAUGGCUCCUGUUCCUGUGCUGCUGCUGGCCACUCUGGAGGAGUUGGUUGAAGCAGAAUUUAAGACAUUUAAAUGGCACCUGACCCAGGACCUGGUGAAAGGCUUUCCUCACAUCCCAGUGAGCCAGCUGGAGAACACUGACAGACUGGACACUAUAAAGAAGAUGGUGGAGACCUACGGUCUUGAGGGAACUGUGAAGAUCUCACUGGAGAUCCUGAGGAAAAUGAGCCAGAACCAACUGGCUAAAACGCUAAAGAACGAGUACGAUGAGGUUGAGACAACAGAACCAGCAGUCGAAGACAAACUGAAAUGCUAUCUCAAGAAGAAGUACGGCUGUAUAUAUGAGGGGACGUCAAAGGAAGGGGAUUUUAUCUAUCUAAAUCAGAUCUUCACUGAGCUCCAUGUGUUUGAGGGGGCCUGGGGAGGGGUCAGAGAUGAGCAUGAGGUCAUACAUCCGAACAUCAGAACACCAGUCACAGGAGAGACCACUGUUGAAGUCAGAAACAUUUUCAAACAACAGUCCGAUCAAAAGAAGCCAAUCAGAACAGUUCUAACUCAGGGCAUUGCCGGUGUAGGAAAGACUGUCUCUAUUCAGAAGUUUAUUCUAGACUGGGCAGAAGAAAAGGAGAACCAGGACAUUGGUUUCAUCUUUCCACUUUCUUUUCGCCAAAUCAACGCUAAUAUAGGGGACGACGACUGCAGUCUGAUUGAACUGCUUCAUCAAUUCUUCCCUGACAUGGAACCAAUCAAGAAUCUAAGGAACAAGUCUAAAGUUCUGUUCAUAUUUGACGGUCUGGAUGAGUGUCGACUCCGUCUAGACUUCAACAAUAAGGUCCUGACAGAUGAAACAAAGCCAGCCUCUCUGGACAAAUUGAUCACAAACCUGAUCACAGGUGAGCUUCUGCCUUCUGCUCUCAUCUGGAUAACCUCCCGGCCUGCAGCAGCCUAUAAGAUCCCUCGAAAAUACAUCCAGCAGUGGACAGAGGUACGAGGGUUCAAUGACCCACAGAAGGACGAGUACUUCAGGAAAAAAAUCUGUGAUGACAACCUGGCCAGCAGAAUUAUCACACACAUGAAGUCAUCGAGGAGCCUACACAUCAUUUGCCACAUACCAGUGUUCUGCUGGAUAUCAGCCACUGUUCUAGAGAAACUGUUGGGUGAAGCAGAGAGAAGAAAGAUACCUAAGACUCUGACUGAGAUGAACAUACAUUUCCUGAUCUUUCAGAUAGACAGAAUGAGAGAAGCAGAAAAUUCCACAGGAAGUGACAGCAUAGUCCUUAAACUUGGAGAGCUGGCAUUCCGUCAGCUGGAGAAGGGACAUCUGAUCUUCUACAAGGAAGACCUGAGAGAGUGUGGCAUUGACGUCACAGAAGCAUCGGUGUACUCAGGUUUAUGCACGGAGAUCUUUAAGAUGGAGGGAAGGACGUGUCAGAAAACUAUGUUCAGCUUUGUGCAUCUGAGCAUCCAGGAGUUUCUUGCUGCUGUAUACGUGUUUUUCACAUUCAUAAACUGCAAUGAGAACCCACUGGUCAAACAGAACACCCUCGUCAAACUUUUGAAAUGGCGGAAACACCAACAACCUAUGAUUGACUUAUACAAGAGUGCAGUAGAUCAGGCCUUACAGAGUGAGAAUGGACACCUGGACCUUUUCCUCCGCUUCCUUCUCGGCCUCUCACUGGAGUCAAAUCAGACUCUCCUACAAGGCCUACUGAACCAGACAGGAAGAAGCUCACAGACCAAUGAGAACAUAAUUGAAUACAUCAAGAAGAAGAUCAGGAAGAAUCCCUGUCCAGAGAGAUGCAUCAAUCUGUUUCACUGUCUGAAUGAGUUGAAUGACCAUUCUCUGGUGGAGGAGAUCCAAACCUACCUGAGCUCAGGAAGUCUUUCAGAGGCCCAACUUUCACCUGCACAGUGGUCAGCUCUGGUGUUCGUGUUGCUCACUUCAGAAGAGGACCUGGAUGUGUUUGACCUGAAGAAAUACUCCAGAUCAGAGGAGGGUCUCCUGAGGUUGUUGCCAGUGGUCAAAGCGUCCAGAAUAGCUCUGCUGAAUGGAUGUAACCUCACAGAGAAAUGCUGUGAAGCCUUGGCCUCAGUUCUCAGCUCAAACACUUGUCACAUGAGAGAGCUGGACCUGAGUAAAAACAAGCUGCAGGAUUCAGGGGUGAUGCUACUCUCCGCUGCACUGGAGAGUUCACAUUGUAAACUUGAGACCCUGAGUCUGAAUGGAUGUCAACUCACAGAGAUAAGCUGUAAAAUGUUGUCUUCAGCCCUCACGUCUUCACACCUGAGAGUGCUGGACCUGAGCGACAACAAGCUGCAGGAUUCAGGAAUGAAGCUGCUCUCUGCUGGACUUGCGAGUCCACACUGUAAACUGGAGACACUGAGGCUGUCAUUCUGUGGAGUCACGAAGGAAGGCUGUGCAUCUCUGGCUUCAGCUCUGAGGUCAAACCCUUUUCAUCUGAGAGGGUUGGACCUGAGCUACAAUCACCCAGGAGACUCAGGAGUGAGCCUGCUCUCCUCUGGACUGGAGGAUACCAUGUACAAACUACAAACUGUCAUUGUUCAGCCUGGGGGAGAGGGCUGGUUGUUUAGAAGACUGUACGGCUGUGAUCUCACACUGAAUCCGAACACAGCACACAGUUACCUCUCUCUGUCUGAGGAGAACAGGAAGGUGACACAGGUGAAAGAGAAGCAGCUGUAUCCUGACCAACCAGGGAGAUAUGACAAAUGGCCCCAGGUGCUGUGUAGAGAGGGUCUGACUGGACGCUGUUACUGGGAGGUAGAGUGGAGUGGGGAUUGGGCUCUUAUAGCGGUGACAUAUAGAAGAUUAUACCAGACGGGAAGGAGACGGCUAGGAGCCAAUGACACGUCCUGGAGUCUGGACUGCUGCGGUAACAGUUACACUGCCUGGCACAAUAAUGAAAACACCGACAUAUCUGUUUCCUCCUCCCACUCCAACAGAGUAGGAGUCUAUCUGGACUGGCAGGCUGGCAUUCUGUCCUUCUACAAUGUCUCCUCUGACACACUGACCCACCUGCACUCAUUCAAUACCACAUUCACUGAGCCCCUCUACCCAGGGGUUGGGGUUAAGUUUGACUCUUCAGUGACCCUGUGUGAUGUAGAUACCAAAGACUUCAAAGUAACUCAACCAUAACAAUGUCAUGUUUUCCCACUGUAACCAAUCCUACAGGCAAUUAGAUGAGUAGUGAGUGUUGUGUUUGAAUUAAUUUGUGCUGUUGCGCCUGCAGUAUAAAAUACAUCAUAUUCAAGGUUUUUGCAACUGCACUUGAAGAAACUUUCAAAGUUCUUGAAAUGUUCCGGAUUGACUGACCUUCAUGUCUUAAAGUAAUGAUGGACUGUCAUUUCUCUUUGCCUAUUUGAGCUGUUCUUGCCAUAAUAUGAACUUUGUCUUUUACCAAAUAGAGCUAUCUAGAGCUAUUCCAAACCCUACCUAGUCACAACACAACUGAUUGGCUCAAACGCAUUAAGAAGGAAAUAAAUUCCCAAAAUGUACUUUUAACAAGGCACACCUGUUAAUUGAAACGCAUUCCAGGUGACUACCUCAUGAAGCUGGUUGAGAGAAUGCCAAGCGUCUGCAAAGCUGUCAUCAAGGCAAAGGGUGGCUACUUUGAAGAAUAUAAAAUAUUUUUUUGCUUACUAUAUGAUUCCAUAUGUGUUAUUUCAUAGUUUUAAUGUUUUCACUAUUAUUCUACAAUGUAGAAAAUAUUACAAAUAAAGAAAAACCCUUGAAUGA